CUGGCGAGGUUAUUAGUACCAAUUUUACACUGUCCUCGAGAAAACGUGACCGUGGCCCCAAACGAACCUGCUCGAAAAAUCAUCAGAACAAAAUGAAACGAAUUUCGAUAGCGCUUAUCGCAAUCAUUGCUGGGCUGAUCCCGCUGGUAGCAGGUCAUGGAAUGGUUUUGGAUCCUGUUGGGCGUGCUUCCCGCUGGCGCUGUAGCCGUAAGGCGCCAGUCAAUUACGACGAUAACGGGUUGAACUGCGGUGGAUAUUCCGUCCAGUGGGAUGUGAAUAAGGGCAAGUGUGGCCUUUGUGGUGACAGUUAUUCUGCUUCUAAACCAAGGACGAACGAGCUGGGUGGAGGCUUCGGCCAGGGCGAGAUCGUGCGAAACUUCACCAAGGGAGCAGUAAUCCCGGUGACUGUGCGAAUAACAGCGAACCACAAGGGAUAUUUCCUGUUUAAUUUGUGCUGUCUGGAUAAUAAAACAACGGAAUCUGAAGCUUGCUUCGAUAAGUAUCCAUUAAACGAUUCUGACGGAAACCGGAAGCACUAUCUCAACUCGACUUCUUCCGGGUUGUACUACGUGAAAUUGCCAUUACCCAAGAAUCUGGUAAGCGCGCAUUGCAUUCUGCAAUGGACAUAUGUGACAGGUAACAGUUGGGGCUUCUGCGGGGAUGGCACGGGCAAGCUAGGCUGCGGUCCACAGGAGAACUUCCGCAGCUGCUCCGACAUAGCCAUCUACGAACCGAACGAUGUUCGACUGACUCGCUCAUAUGAAUACUGUUCGGUAGCCCCGCGAACACAGGAUUUGAUCUACGAUAAUAUCCCCGAGGAAGAAAAUACGCUGGAUGAAUAGCGUCUUGGAAUCGCAUUUAUAUGAACACUGUAUAAAGGCGUGAGUGAGUGAAAUAACAUGUACCUUAAGUUUUAUCUAUUUUUAUCACGAAAUAAAUAUUUGAAUAAUA